AUGGAGAGAAGAGCUUCUCAUGCCGGUCUGUGGUACACAGACAACCAUACGCAGCUUUCAAAAGAACUAGAAGGAUGGGUGAGAUCGACUGGUCUCUCAAAGUCUCGUAAUGUACGAGGAGUAAUAGCACCGCAUGCUGGUUAUUCCCAUUCUGGACGAGCUGCUGCAUAUGCCUUUGCAAACAUUGAUCCAUCUAACAUUACACGGGUGUUCGUUCUUGGUCCUUCUCAUCACUAUUACACACCCAAUUGUGCUCUUUCAACUGCAACACUCUACAAAACACCCAUGGGGGACCUACACGUUGAUUUAGAAGUAAUUGAGCAGCUUAAAGCUACGCAGAAAUUUGAACUGAUGAAUAUUCGCGUUGAUGAGGCUGAGCAUAGCAUGGAAAUGCACUUACCAUAUAUUGCUAAAGUAUUUGAGAGGCAGCAGAUUAAAAUUGUACCCAUUUUAGUUGGUAAGCCUAGUGCCGGGAAUCAAGCCAUGUACGGACAACUACUUUCUAAAUAUGUGGAUGAUCCAAAUAACUUCUUCUGCGUGUCAUCGGAUUUUUGUCAUUGGGGAUAUCGGUUUAAAUACACGUUCUAUGACAGUGACUAUGAGGGGCCUAUAUACAAAUUUAUUGAGGCCUUAGACAAGGUGGGCAUGGAUAUCAUAGAAACAGGAGAUCCAGACAUAUUUAGAAAAUAUCUGUCGAAAUAUAAAAACACUAUCUGCGGAAGCAAUCCAAUCAGUGUUUAUCUCCAUAUGCUGAGGAAUUGCGCAACAAAGAUAAAGAUAAAAUUUCUUCGCUAUGAGCAAUCGAGUCAGUGCAAAAGUGUAAUGGACAGUAGCGUGAGUUAUGCAUCAGCAGUAGCAAAGAUUGAUGAUGGUUCAGGCUCUGUGUAAAGUUUUACAAAGUUUCAUCAU